UGAAUGCUCCCUUCGCCCAGCCGCCGACCCCUCGCCCCAAUUUCCAUUUUAAAUGAAAGUCUCCCACUUUCUAGCUGAGACAGACAAAAAUAAAACUCGGGCAAAACUAAUCGGAGAGAGGCCGUUCACUGUCACUUCCUGGGUCACUUCCAGAAGUCACUUCCGGGGUCGAGGCGAGGCCAACAACACGCCUGCUACCGCAAGAGUUACGAGCUGGGCCGCGCGCAGCCUGAAUGCCUAAACCAGGUUUUGCGCAUGCUCAUAUAAAGCUCUCCUAACCCAUCUUCCGGUGGGAAUUCCUUCGCGUGGUCCGGAGUCGGAGACUGAGUUUAGCUUUACUGAGGAGCUCUAAUUUUAAGCGGGUAUGAGUGAUUUCAGUGAAGAAUUAAAAGGGCCUGUGACAGAUGAUGAAGUGGAAACAUCUGUGCUCACUGGGGCAGGAAUGCAUUUUCCUUGGCUUCAAACAUACAUAGAAACUGUGGCCAUUGGAGGGAAAAGGAAGAAGGAUUUUGCUCAGACAACAAGUGCUUGUUUAAGUUUUAUCCAAGAAGCUCUGCUGAAGCACCAAUGGCAGCAAGCUGCAGAAUACAUGUACAGUUAUUUUCAGACCUUGGAAGAUUCAGAUAGCUACAAAAGGCAGGCUGCACCUGAGAUUAUUUGGAAGCUUGGAAGCGAAAUUCUAUUUUAUCAUCCCAAAAGCAACAUGGAGACUUUCAAUACUUUUGCUGACCGGAUGAAAAAUAUUGGUGUCAUGAAUUAUUUAAAGAUCUCUUUACAACAUGCAUUAUACCUUCUGCAUCACGGAAUGCUUAAAGAUGCUAAGAGAAAUCUGAGUGAGGCAGAGACAUGGAGACAUGGUGAAAACACGUCUUCCCGGGGAAUAUUAAUCAACCUUAUUCAGGCCUAUAAAGGGCUUUUACAGUAUUACACCUGGUCUAAAAAGAAGAUGGAAUUGUCAAGGCUUGAUAAGGAUGAUUAUGCUUACAACGCAGUAGCCCAGGAUGUGUUCAACCACAGCUGGAAGACAUCUGCAAAUAUUUCUGCAUUGAUUAAAAUUCCUGGAGUUUGGGACCCUUUUGUGAAGAGUUAUGUAGAAAUGCUGGAAUUCUAUGGGGAUCGAGAUGGAGCCCAAGAGGUGCUCACCAAUUAUGCAUAUGAUGAAAAGUUUCCAUCAAAUCCAAAUGCCCAUAUCUACUUAUACAACUUUCUAAAGAGACAGAAGGCACCAAGAUCAAAAAUGAUAAGUGUGCUUAAGAUUUUGUAUCAGAUUGUACCAUCUCAUAAAUUGAUGUUGGAAUUCCAUACAUUACUUAGAAAAUCAGAAAAAGAAGAACACCGUAAACUGGGGUUGGAGGUAUUAUUUGGAGUCUUAGAUUUUGCCGGAUGCACUAAGAAUAUAACUGCUUGGAAAUACUUGGCAAAAUACCUGAAAAAGACCUUAAUGGGAAACCACCUUGCGUGGGUUCAAGAUGAGUGGAACUCCAGGAAAAACUGGUGGCCAAGCUUUCAUUUCAGCUACUUUUGGGCAAAAAGUGAUUGGAAGGAAGAUACAGCUUUGGCCUGUGAGAAAGCUUUUGUGGCUGGAUUACUGUUAGGAAAAGGUUGUAGAUAUUUUCGGUAUAUUUUAAAGCAAGAUCAUCAAAUCUUAGGGAAGAAAAUUAAGCGGAUGAAGAGAUCUGUGAAAAAAUACAGUAUUGUAAAUCCAAGACUCUCAUACUGAAUUUUAGUUAUUUCACAGUAGUAGCUACACAGUAAGUAGCUCAGUAGAUAGUUAUUGAAUGUCUUUUUGUAGUUAUGUAUUAAGAAGCUUGUAUGACUACAAAAAUCUUAUUUUUAUAUAUUUUUAUAUUUUGUGUUAUUUAUAGCUAGAGAAACAGUAUUACUGCCUUUGCUCUUUGUAACUGUGUCUGUUUUCUUUUUUGUAAUGUUAAAUGUUACAUUUGUUAAAGAAUAAUUCUUCAAAUGACAAAAUAUUAGAGAAUAUAGUUCUACAGCAGUUAUUGUUUGCAAAUACUUUGCCUCUAGCUAUUGUGUAAUAAACUGUAACUUGUGGUGCUGUGAAAUG